AUGGCCUCGUUGUCCGUGCUGGUUCCACUGCUCAGACCACGCCUUAGGCGUCCGCUCUGCAGCGCUGUGCGGCGGCGCCUCGACGCAGCGGUGGUGGGUCAUGAGGACGCCAAGGAGGCGUUGCUUCUGGGCCUAGUGGCCAAGGAGCACGUGCUGCUCUGCGGGCCCUCUGGCUCCGCCAAGUCCUUGCUGGCCACGGAGUUCGCCUUCGCCGCGGGGAAAGCCCCGUGCGUGCUGCAGCUCCACCGAGACGUGCGGGCGGAAGAUCUGACCUCCAGCGGCGGGGUGCUGACGAGCACCCAGGAUGGUGACGGCCAGCGGCUGAGCUACUCUGCGCGGCCCGGAGGCCUGUUGACCGCGGACGUCUGCGUGCUGGACGAUGUGUCGCGAGCGCCCCAGGAGGCGCUGGGGGCGCUAUUCCGGGCGCUCACGCAUCAGGAGGCCUCUUCCGGCCGCUUGCGCACAGCGGUGGCCACCUGCCUGGACGCCACCUCGGGCGAGGAGCCUAUGGACCCGGCACUCUUGGACCGCUUCCCGCUGCAGCUGCAGCUGACUGGGGCGCUCUACGGCCAGCGAUGGGAGGAGGCCGGCGGCAUCAUGACCUCGGCACGAGCCGCUGCCGCUGCCGAUGCCUCGGAGUUGGACGCCGGCGUGGAACUCGCGGCGGCAAGAGCUGGGGUGCCGCGAGAGGUGCGACGUCUUUUGCUGCGGGUGGUACAGCGCCUGCGGGAGGAGUGCAACCAGGGAAGCCUGCUGUCGGACCGGACCUUCCUGGUGAAGGCGGUGCGGCUGCUGCGCGCCAAGGCGGCCCUGGAGGGCCGCACCGCCUGCCAGGCUUCCGACCUCUUCGUGCUCCGCUUCCUCACCACCUUUCGCGUUCCCCCUGAGGUCCAUGCGCGCAUCGAGGAGAUCAUCCGGCAGGUCAUUGCCAGCGCAGAGGAGCAACGCUCCGAGCGCCCCGACUGGUCCGUUCCGCCACAGGAUGGGCCAGAUGCGGAGGAGGGGAAGCCUGCGCCCAACGCGGCAGGGCUGGACAGGGACGGCGAGGGCGAAAAUGGCGAGGAGAGCGAGGAGUCGAGCGAAAGAAGCGAGGGGAAGGAGGGGGCGGCCAGCGGCUCCGGCAACGCUGGCUCGGAGAGCGAGGCCGGCGAGGCCACGGAGGGGCAGCAAAACGGCGCUGGAAAGGACCCAAAGUGGCUGGAGAAUGACGCGGUGACCACCAGCGAGUCCUCCGGCCAGAGCGUUGCCAAGAACAGCGGCGAGGAAGGAGCCGCGGGGGACCUGGAGAUGCCCUCUGAUGCCUUGGUGGCCAACAUGGGCAACCUGGAUGUGGACCUGGUGAGCGUGGAGAACAUCGAGCUGCUGCUGAGCGGCGUGCUGGGCUCCAUCGACAAAGGUCGGGAGGAGCUCGAGGUGCACCCGGCCGGAAGCCCGCGCAGGUACAAGACCUGGGACGUGCGGGACACAGGGGACUUCACAGAGAUUGAUCCCUUCGAGAUGCACCGCUGGGUGGGCAGCCCCUCCCCCGCGCUGCUGCCCAGGGCCCGGGAGCGCCUGAAGAGGAGCCGCGGCGGACUGGUGGCCAUGCUGCGGGACGUGUCCAUGAGCAUGGCUGGGGUGAAUGCCACCUGGAGCAGCCGGGUGACCCUGGGCCUUCUGGAGGCGUGCCGGGAGCGCCAGAUGUCCUUCGGGUACAUCGAGUUCAACCAUUGCAGUCGGAAGUUCCGGGCACUGGACGGCGCCUUCUUUAGCCAGGACUAUGCUUCGCUCGGCAGCUUGGCCAUGCGGCUGCAGUGCAACGGCUGGACCAACUACUCCAAGCCCCUGGCCGAGGUCCUGCAGGAGUUUGCCGCCAGGUCGGGAGGCCGGCCGCUGCGGCAGCAAGCCCAUGUGUUGCUUCUGACCGACGGGGUGCCCACUCACGGGGACCCCGAGGCGCGUGAGGAGCGGUUGCUGGCGCGGCGCCUGGGGGUGGUGAUCCACACGGUGUACCUGGGCUGGCCCCAGGGCUACCCCCGCGCCCUGGAGGCCCUCAGCGGCGCCACCGGGGGCCGCCAGUUCGCGGCCUUCUACCAACCCGAGCGCCGCGACGAGCCGCGGGAAGGCGUUUCCGCGCCGCGGCCGCCGCGGGAGCGGCGCACGUAUGGCGUUGGUCUGGACAGCGGUUUCAUCCGAGUGGUGGAGAGGUGA